GAAGGGGCAAAGGAGGGGGGGAAAGGAGAGAUGUGUGGUGGUGCAGAAGGGCAACAAGAAGGAAGCUAUCUCCCCAGCGGCGAACGAAAAAGGAGGGUGCGUGCAUGUAUAGACCGAGGCGGCAGCGUUGACGACAUCAUUGAAGUAGCCGGGAGCUUCAGAAAAGAAAUGCACACUAUUUUGAAUGGACUAGGCGCAGCAAGAUGGGAGGACUGCUUGAAGGUGUUGGAGAAGGCGAAGGGAGAAGAGUGGUUUCGACCAAACGAAACUCUUUAUUCAAGAGUGAUUGCGAUCAUGGCAAGAGCACAGCAGCCAGAUGCGGCACAGAAGCUGUACGAUGAGAUGACAAGCUACAAAGUAGUACCCACGGCGCUUUCACGUACGGCAUUGCUCUCUGCAUAUGCGCGAGUGCUCCAGCUGGAUGUCGCUGAGGGCAUCUUAGAGGAUAUGAAGUCGUCGCCGAGUCGACGCACGAAGCCGACAACCCGGACAUUCACCGUGCUCCUCGACGUCCUCGGCGAGGCUGGCGCUUAUGAGGAAAUGACCAAGCGCUUUCAGCACAUGGGUGGCGCAGGCUAUGUCGCAGAUACGGCCACCUACAAUGUCUUGAUCAAAUGGUAUGGGAGAGGCGGGCUCUUUCGACACAUGGAAAAUGCGUACAAGGACAUGCUCGAGAGGGAGUGGAAGCCGGACUCCUUAACCUUUCAGGCUAUGGUGGAGGCGUACGCGCAAGGGGGUCUUGUUCCGGAGAUGGAGGAGGCGUGGGAGCGGAUGAAAGAGGAGCGCGCCUCUCCGCGGGUCGCAACCUGUCAUGCAAUGGCAAUGGCUUAUGCUAAGAACAAUGAUUUCCAAAAGGCUGAGACGAUGUUGGAGCGCAUGGUGCGUCAGCUGGCCAAAGUGCCAAGCAGGGUUCGAACCCGGGUGAUCGACAGCUUCUCCAAAGACGCAGCCAUUCCGCAGGAGAGUAGCUAUGGCAGUCCAGAUUUUCUGCCAUCUAGCAAUCGUGGUACUCGGUACCGGCGUCAUCUGCAGCGAGGAAGUGCUGUCGAGGAAAGGGGAUCCCUCUUUAUUGUAGGAGACGAGGACAAAGCACCGGAAGCAAAUACACGAGAGAAUGAGAACGAGCAUGAGCAAGCAACGGUGGCGAACGUCACAUCGGGUGACGUAAGCGAGCAGCUUUGCACAAACUCCCGUCCGAACGGGGGUUCGAACCAUGGCUGCCAACAGCAACAGCAGGUGACGGUUGUCGAGGAAAGCGACUCACGUCUUGAUGCAAGACAAAAAAAACAAGGUCACAUUUUGAGCAUGGAAGAGCGCGAGUGCGAGGCCAGUGUCGAGACGGGCAACUUAAGCGACCAGGUUCGGACGCACACUCCUCCAAGCGUUUCAGAUCGUGCCCACCGUGAUCGCCAAAUGUACACCCUGUACGCUACAGGUGUCGAAGAAAGCGAUUUUUUGCUUGUUGGAGCGAGACCUGCAAGCCCAGAGAAGGCAACAACAACAAGAGCAAAAGAGCAGGAUCACACGACUUCGACUUUUGCAACUGUAAUGAUGUCAGGGGACUUAGAGCAACCGCCGCUUCGGUCAAGCAGCCCUGAUCGAAGUGGUCUGACGUCUGGCCAUCAUCGUCAGCUGCAGGCCAUGGGUGCAGAGGAAAGUGGCUUGCCUCUCAUUGACAGACGUAGAGACCAACAACUGGACGCAACAAGAACAGAGGUAGAGCAUGGCCAGAUGACGAGUGCCGGAGCUAGCGCGUCGGGAGAGGUAUCCGAGCUACUGCGCACAGGAAGCAGCGCCGGGAGUUGUGGCAGUCAGGUGGGUUAUCGCACUUACAACGGAGAUAACAAAUUGGCGCAGAGUCGGGAAAUUGUCUGGAGCCUAGUGCUGAUUGGCUAUGGAAGGGAGAGGCAGGUGCAGUGGGCGGCGCGCGUGUGGAAGUUGAUGUGCAGUGCCGGCAUUCGACCAGAUCUCACGGCGUAUAAUUCCCUGAUGAUGGCCUUUGUAAUGCGCUUGUCGCGCAAGCGCAUGGAAGCGGCGUACGAGGAAAUGAGGGAACAGGCCUUCGCGCCCGAUCUGGUCACGUAUUCCAUCUUGAUCGAAGGGUAUCGGAGAAUGGGCAUGCGCACUAAGGUUGAUGAAGUUUUGCAGGACAUGAAGAAUGAUGAAAGACAGGUCACCAUUGCAACGAGUCCGCCGUUCCUUACGGUCUAUUCGGACCAGCUUUCCCUUUUCCGAUCGCUGCGUGAAUUUUUUUUGCCGAAUUGUCCUGAAGAAACUCAGGGUCAGGAAGACCACGCAGCCUUCGGUGCGUUGAAUAUGGAGCACAGAGAACGCGACAGAGGUCGUGGCAGUACUUUCAGCGGCCGCGAGAACUCCAACGGCUACGAUAACAGCGCGUCCGUGGGAAGUGGACGGCCCGCUGAAAAGGAAGACUCGGGUUGGUUGACAUAUACAUAUGCAGAGUUGAUGGAGAAAUUACGCGCCUGCACGAAUCUGGACGGGCAUAGCGAUCAAGAGCAGCAACCGAAACAGGAAAAGGAAUAGAGCACUAUCAGAGCCUUCAGCAGGAGCUUCAGCACCGGUCGGCGGCUUGCUUCCGCAAACCUGGUCCGCGCUUCUGGGCAUGGUUCACUUUGGCAAACCCGGUCCAACUUUCUCUGCAGGGCUCACCUCAGCAAAGCAAAGCUGGUCCACAUUUCUGGGCAUGUUUUUUUUUUUUUUUUUUAAUUGUCUCUUGUCAUGGUUCACUUUGAGUAAACCUGGAUCACAUCU